GCCUGAAGCGGGUCACGGGCGGGUUCAACUCCAAGAACAGGUGUGAUGCCCGGACCUACUGCUACAUGCUGCCCACCUUCGCCUUUGCCCACAAGGAUCGCGACGCCCAGGAUGAGAGCUACCGCCUAAGCGCCGAGACAUUGCAGCGUGUCAACAGGCUGCUUGCCUGCUACAAGGGCACCCACAACUUCCACAACUUCACCUCGCAGAAGGGGCCGCGGGAACCCAGUGCGCGGCGCUAUGUCCUGGAGAUGUUCUGCGAGGAGCCCUUCGAGCGUGAUGGCCUGGAGUUCGCCGUGAUCAAGGUGAAGGGCCAGAGCUUCAUGACGCACCAGAUUCGCAAGAUGGUGGGCCUGGCGGUGGCCAUCAUCAAGGGGUACGCGCCCGAGAGCGUGCUGGAGCGUAGCUGGGGCGAGGGCAAGGUGGACGUGCCCAAGGCACCAGGGCUGGGCCUGGUCCUGGAGCGUGUGCACUUUGAGAAGUACAACCAGCGCUUCGGUGGGGACGGGCUGCAUGAGCCGCUGGACUGGGCACAGGAGGAAGCCAAGGUGGCAGCCUUCAAGGAGGAGCAUAUCUACCCCACCAUCGUCAGCACCGAGUGCCGCGAGCGCUCUAUG